GCGGUCUCAUUAAAGAUACCUUCCAUUUAUUAGCCACCAUCCUAUAUCUUUCGUGAAUACAUAAAUUUUCCUCUAAUUAGUAACUGUAACAGUUAGGAAAGUUUCAAGCGAGCACCAUGGUCUCUGCCAGGCCAACUUUUUAUGUUCUUCUUCUUAUUGUGCCAGCCUUCUUGUUAAUCUCCUCGACUUGCUCUGCAUCAACUACAUCUGGGGUGGAAAGGGUUCAAGUCAGGCGUUUUGCGGGUGGAGCAAAUGAGGUUAAUCAUGGUGUCGUUUCAUGGGGGAGUAAGACUAGGACUAAGAGAUCUGUUUUGGAAGGGAGAAACGGAGGAAACUCAUCUCUGGUAUUGGCUGCCGAGAGAACGCGCAGAAAAGAUCCACUUGACAAUUUGAAUUACUAUACUGGUGGAUGGAACAUCACCAAUAAACAUUACUUUGCUUCAGCGGGUUUUACUGCUGCUCCUCUGUUUCUAGUAGCUGCAAUCUGGUUUGUUGCAAUUGGCCUUUGCAUGCUGUUAACCUGUAUCUGUUUUUGCUGCUUCGGGGGACGAAGUUAUGGAUACUCUCGAACUGCUUAUGCACUUUCUCUUAUCUUACUCUCAUUAUUCACCAUUGCUGCAGUCGUCGGUUCUGUUGUCCUUUACACUGGACAGGGAAGAUUUCACAAUACUACAACAGAGAUAUUGAAGUAUGUUGUGAGACAAGCAGAUUCAACAGUUUACAACCUUAUGAAUGUGUCAGACUAUCUUACUGCUGCUAAGCAGGCUGGAGUAGAGAAUGUAUCUCUACCUUCAGAUGUCCAAAACCGAAUUGACCAAGUUGAUGCCAAAAUCAAAUCCGCUGCAAGCACUCUUAAAAGCGAAACUGACAAGAACAGAAAUAGGAUAAAUGACAUUCUGGAUGUUGUGAGGAAGAUUCUAAUUAUAGUUGCUGCGGUCAUGCUUGCUGUGGCUCUUCUUGGGUUUUUAUUCUCCAUCCUUGGCUUGCAGUGUCUUGUAUGCAUCCUUGUUAUCCUUGGGUGGAUUUUGGUCGCCGUCACAUUUAUCUUAUCUGGCGUCUUUCUUGCUCUAUACAAUAUUGCGGGCGACACGUGUGUUGCAAUGGAUCAAUGGAACAAGAACCCGACUGCUCAUACAGCACUGGAUGAUAUACUUCCCUGUGUGGAUACUACUGCUGCUCAAGAAACCUUGUCCGAGAGCAAAACCGUCACUUUUCAAUUGGUUGGGGUAGUUAAUGGGCUCAUCGCAAAUGUGUCCAAUGUGAAUCUACCACCUGCGGCUGGACGUUUGUCCUACAAUCAAUCCGGUCCUCUGGUGCCUCUACUUUGUAAUCCGUUCAAUCCAGACAAGACAGCGCGGAAAUGCGCAGCCGGCGAAGCGGACCUCACCAAUGCAACGCAGGUUUGGAAGAAUUAUGUGUGCCGGGUCUCGACGAACAAUGUUUGCACGACCGUGGGUCGUUUAACACCUUCAAUGUAUCAGCAGAUGUCUUCUGCUGUCAAUGUGAGCUAUGGUCUGUAUCAUUACGGCCCCUUCCUGACCGACCUAUUGGACUGCACCUUUGUUCGCGACACCUUCAAUAGGAUUCACGACGACCAUUGUGAUGAUCUAAAGCGAUUCAGUAAAUGGAUUCAUGUUGGUUUGGCAUUGGUAUCAGCUGCAGUAGCACUAUCUUUGAUCUUUUGGCUACUUUAUGCAAGAGAAAGGCGUCACAGGAAAUAUACCAAGCUGGUUGAUGCAAGAUCUCAUCAAGAUUCCUACGAGAGCAAGGGGCCACGCUAAAGCUCCGCCAUAUUACUUUAGGUUUGUGAUGAUAGUUCAUUCAUUUGUACGGUCAUUUCUUCUGUAAAUAAUGUCUGGGAUUUCCACAUUGCCAAUGUUCUGGAAUAGGAUUUUUUUUUUUUUGGUUACUUGUGUUUAAGCCAGAUGAUGCUAGUGCAGGUUUACUCAGGAUUUUUGUCUUUGGUGAA